CGAGCCCCAAUUCGUUUACGGCCACGGGUUAGCAAGCGUACGUAUUGGCCGGAAGACACAGAGACACCGGCCCCGUUAAGAUUUCGGUCGUCGGCGGUGGUCAGAGAGGCUCUAAGAUUUGGCGUCGCGAGCGCAUCGAGAUGACAAAUGAUCCGGACCUCGAUGACUGUGCCUUUCUAUCCGGUGGCGAAUCAAGCGGCGGGCGGCAGACGCGUACCGGAGUCGCCGUCUGCUCACAGCGCCGGGCUCUACUUGUGGCCGGAAUCGUGCUCGGCUCGCUGCUGCUGACGGCCAUCAUCAUUGCCUACGCCGGACCGCAGAACGACUGCUCCUGCGGAUCGAAAACGGUGUCCGGUUACGAAUCGGAUGAAGAGAACAACACUCAGCCCUUCAACCCGAUUGCCACCAAUGGGGAGCCGUUUCCCUGGCUGGAGAAGAUGCUGCCGACCAGUGUGCGACCCCUGCGCUACAUGGUUACUAUCCAUCCCAACCUAACGACACUGGAUGUUAAAGGCCAAGUCACCAUCGAUUUGCAUGUGGAGAAGGAGACGAACUUCAUUGUGCUGCACAUCCAGGACCUCAACGUCACCGAGAAGGCCAUCGUGACCCCAGGACCCAAGGGUUACGCCCUCAAGAUUGUCAAGGUGCUGGAGUUUCCGCCUCGGCAACAGCUCUACAUUGAGGUGAAGGAGAAGCUCAAGAAGAAGUCCAAUUACACUCUCAACCUGCGCUGGUACUCCAAGCUCAAUCCGGAGCCUGAGGGCUUCUAUGUGGACCAGUAUGAGAGCUCCAAUGGCGUGGAAAGAUUACUAGCUGCCACAGUUUUCCGGCCGAAUGGUGCAAGACGAGCGUUUCCCUGCUUCGAUGAGCCGCACGUUCGGGCGCCAUUCCGCAUCUCCGUGUUCCGAGAUCGCUUCCACAUUGGUCUGUCCAACUCCAUAGUGCACACCACCGAGGACGUGGGCUUCUACAUGGGCACUGGGCUGCUCCGUGACGACUUUAUAGAGACGCCUCCGUUGCCAGCGGAUGCGGUGGCCUGGGUGGUGAGCGACUUCCAGCGUGAAUCCCUGCAGCCCUCGGCGGCAUAUAUCCCCACGACUCCAGCGCCACUUGGUACCGGAGUGGGUGGCAAAAAGUCCGCCCAGCUAAACAAUUAUACCCAGCUUAAAGGCAAAAACCCGCCGGUACGAAACAUCACUGCCCUAACUCAUUCAUUGAAUGUCAACCUGACGCCGCGCCAAAAUCUGACGGUGACUCAGUCCACGACGACGACAGCGUGGCCAGUGAAUCUCAAUGGAAAUGGAAAGCCCACGAAUCUCACAUCGCUGUCACAGUCCACGGGUUCGUCGAUUAAGAGAGCUCCCUCGUACACCUUCUACGCGCCCAGGGAUCUGCUGAUUCGCUCCUCCUUCAUUCUGCACACAUCGAGGGAUGUUCUGGAGUAUCUGCAGACCUGGCUGGACAUCAGUUAUCCCCUCACGAAGGUGGACUUUGUGGCGCUGCCUUCGUUGGAUCGUAAUAUGAUCUCCUCGCUGGGAUUGGUCACCUUGAAAACCUCAUUCCUGACGGAUCCGAGUUCGAUUACCUCUGAACAGUAUCAGUUUAGUGCAUUACGGAUUGCCGAGGCGAUGGUGCGGCAGUUCUUCGGAGGAAUCACUUCCCGCAAAGUGCUCAAGGAUGUGUGGCUGUGGGAGGGAUUGAUCCAAUACCUGGGUAUCCAUGCUUUGGCUCCGCUUCAAGAGAGCUGGCCUUUGAGAGAGAUGUACCUUCUUAAGAUGGCCACUGCAGCGCUGGACAUAGAUGCCAUCCAAGGAUGGGAUAGCAUUAUGAAUGGCACCAGUCAUGAUGGCAACAAUGAGGAGUUCUUCGUCCAAAAGACAGCAGCCAUAUUCUCCAUGUUGCACACGGCCAUCGGUGAGGAUCGUUUUAGGGGCUGCCUCGGCUCGUUCCUCAAGGUAAAUCGAUUCAGGACCGCCGAGCCCACAGAUCUGUGGACCAUUUGUACAAAGAAAGCGAACGGUUCGAAGAACAUCAAGGACAUGAUGACUCUGUGGACCCACCAGCCGGGUUUUCCGUUGCUCACUGUCACCAAAAUGGGCAACAGCAUCUCCAUCUCGCAGAGGCCCUUUCGACCAGCUGAUUUUCUAGCCAUCCACGAUGACUCCUACGACGGAAACAACUAUAAUAAGUCGUCGCUGAAUGCCACGGAUAUGCCAAGUACUGUGCCGCCCACAACGCAGGGUAGCAAACACAAGGCAGUGCCUCACAUGAAAUGGAUAUUUCCGGUCACAUACGUAACCGAUAUUAACAACGUCAGCGAAACCCUCUGGAUGCAGAACGUUGAUGUAACCUUCAACGUUCCCGAGAACGUCAAAUGGAUCAAAGUGAAUGCCAUACAAAACGGCUAUUAUCGUGUGGUCUACAACGACGACAAUUGGGCCAGUCUCAUCGAGGAGUUGGCCACUAAUCCCAAGCGCUUUACCAGCGAGGAUCGCUUAGGCCUGUUGUCGGACGCCUUUACGCUCUGCCAUGCUAAUCUGCUGCCCUGCGAGAUCACCAUGAAUAUGAUCCAAUAUCUGCCCAGCGAAACGCACUACGGACCAAUGGCUUUAGCCUUGAGGCAUCUUGAGAAAUGGCGUCGCAUACUCAAGUACUCGGAGUGCUUCCUCAUGCUCAGCGAGUUUAUCAAAAUGAAGAUCUCCACGGUUAUGGAAAAGGUGGGCUGGUCGGAUGACGGUGAUGUGGCCACCAGGCUACUGCGUCCCGAGGUGCUGUUGGCAUCGGUUCUGUGGGAGGACAUUGAUAGCAUCACGAAGGCGAAGAACAUGCUUAACCAAUAUCUAUACUACAAUGGUUCCGCCAUUCCGCCAAAUCUUAGAGAGGUGGUCUACACCGGCUCUAUCCUGUCCGGGGAGUAUAUUUACUGGCAGCACUGUUGGGAGCGUUUCGUUAAUCUCCAGCGCACCUCGGAGACUUUUGUGGAGCGGAUGCAGCUGCUCCGCGCGUUGGGAAGGACCAAGGAUGCCUGGCUACAGAACCGCCUGCUUUCGCAUGUGACAAUGCUGCCCACCGAGGAGGUGGUGCAGGUGCUAAAAGCCAUCGCAGGCACGCCGACGGGCGGAGCCAUGGCCUGUCGCUUCCUGCAGGCCAAGUGGUUCGAGCUGGAGAAGCGCCUGGGUCCGGGCACGAUUAGCUUUGCCAAGGUUAUAUCGGCCAUCACUCAGUACGGAGCCACUAAGUUUGACUACGAUGAGCUCAAGUCACUGGUGCAUCGAUUCGGCCGAGGUCACGGGAUGUCCGUGCUGAAUAUGACCUUGAGCAGCGUGGCCUCCAACGUGGAGUGGGUGGCCCGGUCACAGACGUCGCUCUACAAGUGGGUGGAGGGCAACCUGCACUCGCAUCGAUAGAGGAGAUGGGACACAAACACGGAGGUCCUUACACACUUCUCUCUUCAGACUCAUUUGUAAUUAUGUUCCUCUCUCAGACACGAAUCUUAAGUGAACUUUGAUUUCGCCGAGUUAACUAACACACUAUGGAUCUAUACUCUUUACCAUAUCAUUGCCAGUUCGAUCGAUCUCCUUAGUUUUCUCUGUAGCUGUCCUAUAAUUUUAGUACUCAAAGUUAAUUGACUUAAGUGUAAAUUACGAUUGCUAUGAUCAAGCAGAUCUUAUAUUUGUGUAUAUCUAUUCCAGUGGAGAAAACCUUUUCUAGCACAUACGAAUGUGUAUAUCUACAACUGAACAUAAGGAUCUAUCUAUAUAUGUAUAUUGUAUAUGUAUGUAUAUUUUACAAACCAAAAAAGAAAAAACCAAACAUAUUUAGAGCAAUGGAUAAUUGUAGAUUGUAAGCGAAGAACAAAGAACAACAUAUUUUUUCAUAAAACUAAAAUGAAUGGAAACAUAAGAAGCCCCAUAAUCGAUAAACUAAAUCGCCAAUGAAUGCAUUCUAGUAACUGUAUAGCAUAUAUGUAUAUUAAUAUUAGUGUGUCCGUGUAUGUGCGCAUCGAAUCAUCACUGAACUCUUCCUUUUUGCCCAAAAUAAUUAUUACGUCUAAAAUUUAUGCCCAUUUGCCCUAGGCUACCUGACCAAAAGCAAAUAAAAUCUAAUUUUUAUGAUUUUUUUAAUCUAAUUUGUGAUACCAUAAACUUGGCCUAACGUAUAAAUAUCAAAUUAAAAUCAGCUAAUUCCAAAUCUCAAUAACAUGACAUACGUAUUUAAUUCAAUAAUCAUUAAUAUUUACGGCGAAUCCAAUUGGCUUGAAAUCUGUUAACAUUAUUAUAUGCCUGCCAUAGUAAUUAACUAUCUUAACUCGUGUACUAAACAGAAAACCAAAUAUAGGUUCUUAUUAAAAA